AUGUUGCGGUUCGUUCGUGCGCCGAAAUUCACGCGCGGGUUUUGCGGACUCGGACAAUUUGAGCGUCUCCGGGUUGCGGAUGAAGCGCCAGCUGUCGUUGUAUCAGAAGCGAAUCAAAUCCACUUCAAUCUCGCGCUCGAAUCUUAUUUAAUGGAUGUCGUCAAACCGAAGGUCCCCGUAUUUUUCUGGUGGAGGAACGAUAAGAAUGUAGUGAUCGGGCGAAAUCAGAAUCCGUGGAAAGAAUGCAACACUGGAAGAAUGGAAGAAGAUGGAAUUGAUUUGGCACGACGCUUCAGUGGCGGUGGCGCAGUUUAUCAAGACUUGGGAAAUUCUUGUUUCAGUUUUUUAGUCCCAGAAUCAAAGUUCAAGAAAUCAUUAAAUAACGAUAUCAUGUUAAAAGUUUUGCGGGAGCAUUUUGGAUUGAUUGGAGAAGCUAGUGGCCGAAAUGAUUUGAUGAUAGAAGGAAAAAAACUUCAAGCAAAAGGAUUGUCGAGCGUGGUUAGUCGUGUUGUUAAUUUGAGUGAUUUGAACAACAGUAUCACGCAUGAGAGUUUAACUGCUCCUCUUAUUGCUGAGUUUUACAAACAGUACAACGAUUCGAAUGCAGCGUUGCGCGACCCUGAGAUCGUGACAAAAUCAUCCGAAUUCACUUCUGACCCGAAAUUCCAGAAACUUCUCGCUCAACUGAAGGACUGGGACUGGCGAUUUGGCAAAACUCCUCAAUUUACUCAUUUACUCGAGAAGCGAUUUGAUUGGGGAACAAUUGAAGUAAAUCUGGAUGUCCAUGAUGGAAUGAUUCAUGACGCGAAGAUCUUCACUGAUUGUUUGAUUCCCGAUUUAAUCCCGCUUUGGGAAAGUUCUUUGCGAGGACAUCCUUAUUCGGUCGAUGGCGUUAGUGAGAGUCUUCAGUCAAUUCCCAUAGAUCCUGAAAAUUUGCAUAUUUGUGAUGAAUUUUGUAAUUGGGUCACCCAUGAAAUGAAAUCAUGA